AUGCAAACGCAAGUGCCACCUCUAUUACUUAUACUAAUCUUCCAUACUUCUGCUAGUCUUAUAUGUACGCAUAAUUGUGAACAAACUUUCAAUAUAAGUCAACCAUUCAAUGGUUUUGGACAUUCAUGUGGUCGUCCAGUGGAAAAUGCAUAUCGUUGUUAUGUCAAAAUGCAAUUUUUCUUUCAUCUCAAUGAAGUGACAACGUUUCUUGAAACUGACACAUCAUCUGACCAAGAUUUUAUUCGUAUCGAACCGAAUAGAACAAAACAUUUUUUUUAUCAAAUCGCACAUGGAUGUAAUCACUCUGAUGAUUGUGCUCGAAUAUUUGCCGAGAAGAAAAUGAUUGAAAUGAAAGAAAAGGCAUAUGAUGUUACUUACAUUCUCAACGAUUUUGAUAGUCUUCUUAGUCGUACUGAUACAAACCAAGAACUUACAUGUUAUGAUGGUAAUCGAACAACAGAUCAAUGUUCAACUCCAGAUAAACUUUGCUUUUUGGAACAUAAUCAGAUCAGUGAUGAGACAAACGCACUCUCGUGUCCUCAAGAAUAUAUUAAUCCUACCGUAAAUAUUAUUGUCAAUGACGAAGGAGUUGGUGCGAGACUUUAUGUACGAUGUAGUCGACGUUUGUGUAAUACAGCAGAAACAGUCAAUGAAGUGAAACAUAUUUUAUUCAAACACAAGAUUACAGAUAAAAAUGGAAGAACGAGAUCCUGGACUACGAACAUAGGGAUAACUCCAAUUGGUGUAUCUUUUAAAAUUAUUCUGGCCCUUUUGUUUAUUUGUAUUGUCAAUUUGAAAUGA